AUGCUAGCAAUUUUAGGAGGUGAUUAUGCUAGAGAUACAACCCUUGCUAUUGGCUCAUUCCCUACCGAGACAAACUCUCAACAGAUCCUCCGCGCGCUGGACAUACCUCUUCCGUGCGUCUUUCUCUUGAGAAAGGAGAAAGAGUCUAAAUCAAUGGACAUUAAUGAACCAUCAUUGAUGGAUGUUGCACAUGACAUGAUCAAUUCGACUCAAGAAUAUGGAGACUCGAUUCUUUCUCAUGGAUCCCAAAGUCGGGUUUUGGUUCUCUAA